UCGGGGAAGGAGAAGGGGCGCGUCUGACCGCUCAGGGGGCCCGCCGAUUGGCUGGAUGGCGGCGGCGCCGGGUGGCCCGGGCCGCCGGAGGAGGGCGGUGCCGUGGGCCGGGUCCCAGCUUACUGGCGACCGGUGUUAGUCAGAUGAUAAUGGCAGCUCGGACCGGUCAGAGGGCUCUGAAAAAGGUGGUCUCGCGAUGCCGUCCGAAGUCGGCGGCAGCGGCCGGAGCCCCGGCUCCAGCGCAGGGGCCUGCGCGGAACGUCAGAUACUUAGCUUCCUGUGGUAUACUGAUGAGCAGAACUCUUCCACUGUAUACCUCAGUUUUGCCUAAGGAGAUAUAUGCAAGAACUUUCUUCAGAAUUGCUGCACCAUUAAUAAACAAAAGAAAAGAAUAUUCAGAGAGAAGAAUUAUAGGAUAUUCUAUGCAGGAAAUGUAUGAUGUAGUAUCAGGAAUGGAGGAUUACAAGCAUUUUGUUCCUUGGUGCAAAAAAUCAGAUGUAAUAUCAAGGAGAUCUGGAUACUGCAAAACACGAUUAGAAAUUGGGUUUCCACCUGUAUUGGAGCGCUAUACAUCAGUGGUAACCUUGGUGAAACCACAUUUGGUAAAGGCAUCCUGUACUGAUGGGAAGCUCUUCAAUCAUUUGGAGACUAUAUGGCGUUUUAGCCCAGGUCUUCCUGGCUACCCAAGAACUUGUACUUUGGAUUUUUCAAUUUCUUUUGAAUUUCGCUCACUUCUACACUCUCAGCUUGCCACGUUGUUUUUCGAUGAAGUUGUAAAGCAGAUGGUAGCUGCCUUUGAAAGAAGAGCAUGUAAGCUGUAUGGUCCAGAAACAAAUAUACCUCGGGAAUUAAUGCUUCAUGAAGUUCAUCACACGUAAAGAGAAAAAGGAAAUGGUCACGUACUUGCAACUAGUUUAUUCACUUUUAGGAAGUACUUUUAUCAUUUGCUUUCAGAAGUCAGAAAGCAUUUGUCAAACCCAGCUUUGAUUAUACACCCGUACCUUUGAAGAUUUGCACUUGGAAUAUGGAACCAUGUGUACAUAGAAUUCAAUCGAGUGUAAUUCAGAGUAAUAUGUAUAUUAGCAUAUUUACAAUAAUGGGAUGUCAUCACUAUUGCUAGAAUACUGACAUCACUCUUCUGAACAGAAAUUGAAACUGUAAAUUUAAACCUUUUAGUUAUCACCUCACCUGAAAGAGGUUGGUUGAGAUACUCAUGCAGUGUGUAUUAUAUUAACCAUAUCACUUUUAAGUUAUUAAAUUCAGACUAUUUAUAACUUAUUGUCUUAGGGUCUGCCUCAUGGCUUAGGAUAUUUGAGUAAUCAUCAGAUGUUUAAAGUAAAAACUUUGACUUAAAAAUACUGUUAAUGAAGGUUCCUUGGCACUUUUCUUAUUUUUAAAUUGUUCUUGUGGGUAGUAGUAGAUAAUUCGGUGUUAUACUGAGGUUAGCUUCCAGAUAAACAGUGAUUUUUUUUUUUUUUUUUUUUUUUUGGUGAGUGGUCCAGAGUUUUAAGCUACUUUUCUCAUAGUUUGCAGCCCUCUCCCCGGUACUUUGACUGCUCUUUCAAAAAUGCUGUUUGCGUGUCAAAUUUUGUCUACAGCAGUGGGCAGUAGAUGAAGAUAAUAAGUUGGUGUCAAAUUUUGUCUACAACAGUGGGCAGUAGAUGAAGAUAAGUUGGUUGAGAUGUCUCCAGCACCAUGCAUCCUUAUUUUCUAUUUAUUGUGUGUACUCACUUUCAAUAAUGCAUUUCAAACUGAUAUUUUUGUAAAUAAAUCAAUGUAAGGACUGAAGUGGUAACUUAAUAAAGUUAAUUUGUUUAUUUUU